AGCGCUCGCGAUCGGAAGCCUCGCGAAUGUGUUACUCACGCCACCGGAGGUCCGUUUCGUCCUGAUGAAAGCAUUAACAGCCAUCUAGGGCUGCCUCUCAAUACACCGUGGCGCACCUGACAGAGGCUGAAUGUUGUCUUCGAGAGAUGCGAGACAUCCAUAAGUCCAACAAUCGGCGGCGCUCAGUCGUUACCUUGUGAAGGGUCCACGAAGAUGCAUAUAACACUCUACAUUUCCUCAAUACAUCAAGAUGGAGUCCUACAAGCUAGUCAGACUUCUCGUAUUGGCCGUCGCAGCAUCAGCGAGUCCAGUCCCUGCUCUCGUUGCAACUACGUCUUCCUCCGUUGCUUUCAGCGCCACCAACUCAGCCUACUGCAGUGCGGUCACGUCGAUCCUCAUCUCGGCUUCGUCGCUUACUGCAGCGACACCCAUCUGCUCAUUCUACCUCUCCGUCCCUGCGGUCACGUCCACAGCGACGAUUUACAGGACAUCGUAUGUCCCAACAACAACGACAGCGGUCACCGGCACCACCACCGUGACCGCUCCUCUGGUCACAGUAACGCCUGGAACCACCUUGACGCAACGAUACCUAUAUCUUUCAUUCACGACAACUACCUCAGCUACUACCGUCACAUCAACGGCUCCAGCACCAACAUAUACGCAGUUAGUCACACAGAUGUAAAACCACACCAUCGCCGCAUAGAGGUGAUGGCAGCGCUGACGUAGCGUUAGCGUCACCGCCUCUGGAUGCAGUCUCGCAGUUGGUGAACGAGAGAAGGGCUUCGGAAAUGCGUUGCAACGUCGUGCCACGAGCACAACGGGCUUGCCUUCUGCCUGGUCUGCCUACAGUCCUGCCGAGAUAUCCAGCGCCUGCAGGUAUAGUAUAGCCUUGCACACGCAGCAAUCCGCUUCGAGUGGUUACUGACCGAUGCUUAGCUGCUUGUCGAUU